GUCCCGCGUAUUUAGUAUAAAGUGGGAAUGUCCCGUUUUAUAUUACAGCUACGACACGUGUAUCAAGGGUAUAAAUAUCUGCAGUUGCAUGAUAAGGUUAGUAUAUUACUAAAGUUCAUUACAAAGGGUAGUGCAGUGCAUCUUCGAACUUUAAAAAACAGGAUUAUUAAAAACUAUAUCAAAAUGAGGAUCAUACAGUUCCCGAAUAUGGUUGCCAAAGAAGAAUCAAAGACUUAUCAUCUAAAAAAUUGUGACGUCGUCAUUGACGGACAAAAUUUUUUUUAUGGAACGUAUGAGAAAUCCGGCCUUAAUUUCAUCUUCGGUUGCGACUCAAACGUAUACGCUACAUGCAUAAAAAAACAACUGGCACAGUUCAAAAGGGCGAACGUUAAAUGUUAUGUCGUACUCAAGGGGGGAGAUUCAGAUAUAGAGAAGAAAAUAAAAAAGUACACACAUGUUGAGUUGGACGCCAACUGCGAAUAUGUGCCGCCAACGCUGAUGAAAGAUAGUCUCGCGGAUGCGUUCAGCGAGCUGGGCGUACGUCAUGAGUAUUGCUUCACUGAAGCCAAGGAGGACUGUGACGCCCUCGCCAGGAAGCUACACUGUCCCGUCAUCAGUUUUGACAUCGAAUUCUGCUUCAGAAAAGCCGCUUACAUACCCAAAUCAACUUUGAAGUUCAACGCCGUCACCAACUCCAUUGAAUGUCGACAGUACAAACUUGAAGAGUUCCUCCUAAAACAUUCCCUGACUGAAGCUAAACUAGCGUUAUUUGCGGCGCUAUCCGAUGAGCGCGUAUUCCCCUCGGGAUCCUUCGAUCCGUUAUUUGAGAAGUGGGGAGUUUCUAGCCAAUACUAUGCCGCUAGACACAAGAAUGUUAUCGCUUGGCUCUCGAGACACUCCGAAGAUCGAGCUAGAAGCGACAUCUCAACAGUCUUAACAAACGAAGAUGAAAAAAACGUAUUUUGGUCCAAUUACGAAAAAAUAUUGAAAAACAUGCAACACGUCGAAGGAACGUAUACAACGGAGUACCUUCUCGAUCAUAAUAAUCUUAAAAUUGUGAAACAGGACCCUGAUUGGUUCGAAAAAGGUGUUAUUUUAAAACAUGUACCAGUCAUAUACGUCAAUCUGUACAAAUGGGGUGUCAUUGAAGGUACCAAAGUACCUGAAGAUAGGAGCCGUGAUCUACUCCUGUUAUCUAUAGAUAUCGUGAAGUACGCGUACAAUUUGCUGAAAAAUUAUAACGGGGAAUCAUUCAAGUUGUAUCAGGAUGCUGAUAACUUUAUAGAGAUAGACAGUGAAGAUGUUAAUAUUGGGAUGCCCAAGUACGAGUGUAGGGUGUCCGUCUUCGAGAACGGGUGGGACGGAGUGAAGAGGUUGAAACUAUUUGAGCAUUUCCUGAGUGAGAACGGCAUCGACACGACAUUGUUAUCUCAAGUGCCUGGCGACGCCGCUAUAUUAAUCAUAACACUCGUGUAUUACGCCCGCAAACGGCAAAUGGAAAAUAUAGACGUUACCGCUGAAGUGACCGCGAGACUGCUGUCUUAUGUGAUUAUUAAUGUCGUGAUCAAUAAAUCCUCGCAUAAGAUGCAGAAAUAUAAUUUGAACAACGAAGAUUGUUUGGAAGCUGGUCUAGCUACGGCUAAGUACUUUCAGACUAGUCAUGACGAGAAUAGCAGGAUUUUUGAUAAGCAAGCAGUAUCAAGGUUACUGGAGUUGGACUACUGCUUACAACACAUGAACAAUUUACACACUCUCUGUGGUCAGCCAUUCGAACCCUUAUGUUUGAUUAAGUCACACAAUGGAACUUUCAUUUACAAAAUAUAUCUCGAGAGCCGAGAAGAAAAUUGCGAGCAAUUCCUUAACCGAUUGCUGGAAAGAGCGCCCUCGGUUUUGUCAUUCGUUAAAAAACUUGUACAAGCGUAUGAGAAUAUUUUGAAUUGUAAAAAUUGAGAUUCGAAAUUAAGUAGGUAUCUAACUUUGGUUCUAUAGUUUUUCUAAUAUUCCAAAGAUAAUCAAAACUUAAGAUCAAAACUUUGUCUUGUUAAUGUUAAUGUUUUUCAUGUUAAGGUGCAAAUUAUAUUGAAAUGAAUAAUUGAAUUGUUGAUCAAAAGUUAGCUAACCCAAAUUGAAGUACAUAUUUUGGGAAUGGACAAGUAGUUACCGAGAUCAGAGAUGUCCCCUUAAUUAACAAACACAGCCCUUAAGUAACAAAAUGUUAAUUAUUGACAUAUUAUUUGAUACAAGAUAUUUUUGUAAUGUUUUUGCGAUCUUUUAUUAUGUAAAAAUAAAAAGUAAAAUUGUAA